AUGCCGCUGCCCCAGGAAGCCUCGGCGGCGUCGGAGACGGCGCCGCUGCUCGGCCCAAAUGCCUCAGAAACGGGCACAGCUGCCAACGUGAAUGGUAAUGGUACCUUCUCGGGCUCGAGAAUUCCCCCGCCGGAGGGCAAUGGGUCUUCGGCGACUGCCAAUGGAGACGCAAAUGGCCGGAGUGGUGAGGAUGGGCCCAAGAUCAAGGUCCAUAUGGCUUCGCUGCUGCCGGCGCUGGCCAUUGGUAUCUUUCUCGUUGCCAUGGACCAAACUCUGGUGAUAGCAACCUAUGGCAAGAUCGGAUCUGACCUCCAGGCGCUGAACAAUACCAGUUGGAUCGCCACCUCCUAUUUCCUAACGCUCACAACUUUUCAACCAUUAUACGGCAAACUGAGUGAUAUAUUCGGACGCAAGGAGUGUCUGCUCUUUGCUUACUCGGUCUUUGGGCUCGGCUGCCUUGGCUGUGGUUUGUCCCAAGAUAUCAUCUCGCUAUGUAUAUCUCGAGGUGUGGCCGGAAUGGGUGGAGGUGGCAUGAACGCGGUUGUGUCCAUCUUGAUGACUGACUUGGUUUCCCUCCGUGAUCGUGGCGUUUGGCAAGGCUAUAUCAACAUCGUGUUUGCUGCCGGUAUCGCUAGUGGAGCUCCAUUAGGAGGACUGAUGGCGGACUCCAUCGGAUGGCGAUGGGCCUUCAUUGGGCAGUUCCCCAUCUCCAUUAUCGCUUGGUUAGCAGUAUACCUGGUGCUUAAUCUACCGAAGACCGACCAUUCGCACUGGAUUGCGAAGUUUAGGCGUAUUGAUUUUCCAGGAGCAAUCACUCUCAGCAUUGCUGUGUUCCUCCUCGCUUUCGGCCUGGAUAACGGCAGCAACCAGGGUUGGGGAGAGACUGCUACUGUUGUGCCUCUGGCAUUGACUCCCGUUCUAUUCGCGCUCUUUAUCCUGAUUGAAGUCAAGUUUGCUUCAAACCCCUUCGCACCAGGUCAUGUCAUCCUAAACCCUCCUGUGUUGGCUGCUUAUGGAGCCAACUUCUUCGGCGUCGCGGCACAGAUGGGAACGUGGUUCUUCGCAGCCCUUUUCUACCAGGGAGCCAUGGCUCUGACUGCAACAGAGUCUGGCCUAAUGUUCCUGCCCGGAACCAUCUCAGGCCUUAUAGGCUCUCUGGGUGGUGGCAUCAUCAUGAAAAGAACCGGCAAAUACUACUGGCUUACGCUUGUUGGCUAUUUUAUUGUGUUCCUCAGCAUCAUCUUGUUGGCUUUGUUCACUGGAGCCAUUGCCAAGUCCCUUGCUGGCGUCGUCGUGGCCAUGGUCACACUUGCCUUAGGCGCCUCAAUCUCAAUUACCACGACGCUGAUAGCAAUCAUUUCGAAUGCCGCGUCCGAAGACAUGGCUGUUGCUGUGGCCUGCUCCUAUCUCUUCCGUUCGCUCGGCACAACCAUCGGCAUCAGCAUCUCGACGGCAGUAUUACAACAAGUGCUACGCACGGAGUUGGCAUCGAAACUCAAUGACAGCGGCCGUGCAGGCGAGAUUGAGGAGCAUGUGCGUCAAAGUCUCGACUAUAUCCGGGAGCUUCCACCACACCUGGCAAGUGUGGUAAGGGAGUGCUAUGCCACUGCAACCACCUGGGCGUGUCUUCCUGUGGGAAUCAUGAUCGUGUUUUGCCUAGUCUCAACUGCCUUCAUGCGCGAGAAGAAGCUGGACCGAUGA